AUGGCGUCCCCCGCCUUCCUCAUUGCGGCCCUCCUGGCCAUAGGCUGCGCCUGGCCAGCGGCCGCGGACCACAGCGGGCCGGUGUUCACCAUCUCCACCUGCGAGGAUCUGCAGGCCGCCCUGGCCACCAACGCCAACGAGGGCUUCGUCCUCAUCACCAUAGCCGGGCAGGUGAAGUGCUCCACUGGGCAGUGGAGCGAGGAGGUCACGGUCAUCUCCCAGGUGGAGGUGGUGGGGUCGCAGCAGAGGCGCGGCGCCCCCCUGCCGUCCAUCGACUUCGACAACGCGGGCCACCUGAUCCACCUCGCCGCCAACGCGUCCCUCAGGUUCGAGAGCGUGAUCCUGGUGGAGCGCACCGUGGACAGCAUCGGCCGCCUGUCCAACCUGAACUUCAUCUCCGGCGACAAGGGCGCUAUGUUCGCCAUGGCGGGCGUGGUCAUACACUACAAGCUCUGUCCACCGCCCACCGUGGCAGCGGCGCCGUCCACGCCCACGCACACGCGCAUCGCCCGCUCCAGGAACGAAGACGCCGGCACCCUGCCCAGCAACAACUCCACCGUUGCGUCGCCGCACAUCGUCAUCAAGUCCGUGGAGAAGGAGGAGGCCGGCGUGCAGGUGUUCAUGUGCGAGAGCCUGGUGGCGUGCGGGGUGCUCAACGCGACGGUGCUGGAGCAGUCGGACAGGAUCUCCAGGGUGGACGCCUCGCCGCUGUGUCGAUUUCCGUUCGACGCGCAGAACCUGCCCCAGAAGGCGCCCAGCCCGCCGACGAGCGACGUCUCUGAUGACACGACCGUGGUCCCGUUGGAAGCGGGGCAAGAGUCCGCCCCCGCGUCCACCUCCAAGUCCAACAACCACAUGCUGGUGUGGGCCAGCAUCGGGGCCGUGGCGGGCGUCCUGUUGGUGGCCAUGCUGCUGAUUUACAAGAAGAAGCACACCGGCCAGCGCAACAAGUUCAUAACCACCACGAUGAUCGACAGCGACAGCGGUGAGGCCAGCGGGUCGCCCGCGCUGGGUGCCGUCCACGUCGCCAACCCCACAAACCCCUUUGACCAGAUCCCCAACAAGAUGAUGGUCAAGGGCAAGAAGCCCCCACCAUAUGGCGGUGGCCCCAGCGUGAGCGGCCUGCUAUCCAGCUGGGACAUGCCGGAGAUGGGCAACAUUCGGGUCAUUCGAGAGCUGCCCAUGAGCGAGGCAGCGCCGAGCGAGUACAAUCCCGACAUGGCUGGCGGGGACGUGCCUGUGAAGCUGCAGCUGGCGGGUUUGGAUGUGCAGCUGCGCAGGCUGCUGGGGAACGGUGGCCAUACCAGCGUGUACGAGGGCGUCUACAAGCACAUGGAGUGCGCUAUGAAGAUCAUAGAGCAUGACACCGAGAUGUUGGAGAUGCACGGAGAGGCCAUGGAGGAUUAUCUGACCAAGGACCUGGUGCACCCCAAUGUUGUCAAGUUGUGCGCAGCCAGGACGUGCGAGCCUGAGGUCGUCCGGAAGUGGCUCAAGAGCCUAGAGUCGGGCGCCUCCACAUCGGCGAGCACACCUGACCCCCUGGGGAUGCACCUCUUCAAUGCUGCGCUGCUGCCCCGGUUCAAUGCUGAAGAAGGUACUGAGGACCUGUUAAACACAUUCGUUGUCAUGGAGUACUGCAAUGGAGGGACCCUGGCGCUGGCACUGCAACACGGUGAAUUUUUCAGCCUCGGCAGGAAGCCCAACAUGCCCAUGGUCCUGAUGCGUGCCAUUGACAUCGCACAUGCCAUGGAGCACCUCCAUGCACACUGCGUUGUGCAUGGUGACCUCAAGCCUGAGAAUGUGCUUCUGCACAGGACACACCACGACUCGUGUGGGUUCGUUUGCAAGGUUGUUGACUUCGGCCUGAGGCCAAGAGUGGCUCCACACAUGCUCCUGGAGACCAUGUCGCUGGCAACCAUGGCCCACCUGCCCCCAGAGCUCCUGAGCACUGGUGCUGUCAGCGUGGCCACAGACGUCUACAGUUUCGGCAUGAUCCUGUGGGGCCUCGUCUCCGGCGCCGUGCCCUUCGGUGGCCUCAAGCGCUCGGAGCUCAUUCGUCACGUGGUCGCAGGGGACAGGCCUACCGUGCCCCAGUCCGCGCCCACAAAGUAUGCAAGGCUCAUUGAGGAGUGCUGGCACCAAGAGCCCAUGAAGCGGCCCGACUUCAGGAGCAUCACCGACAGGCUGAGGGCGAUCAUGUUCGAGCUGGAGAGGUCCUCGUCGUCCAGGCCGUCAAGCCAGGCGUCCAGGCCUGCGAGCCAGGCAUCUUCCAGGCCAGCAAGCCAGGCAUCAGUCCGGCGUGGUGUUGACGCUGCGGCCAAAGACUAUGACACGAGCGACACCGAGGACACUGACACCAUCGAGGAUGGGUAUGGCCCCCCUGUGGCCCACGGCAACCCGCGUGGCUUGAGGUUCGCCCCUGGAGCCCAGGAGCCCGCACGAGACAGGGACAGCCGCAGGCCCUUUCAGGGGCCUGAGAGGGAAUCGGCACGCGGCACUGGGCGCAGCACGGUGCAGCCUGUGGAUCGGGCCAGAAUGUCUGCUGGCCCCAGGCGCAUUCACGAUGUCCCUCCCAGGGGACACACCGCAAGCAUCGGAUCGAGCAAUGGCAAUUGGGAAUACGAUGGGGAUGAGGAGAGAGACUCGAUGUCCACUCUGGCGCCGGAGCCUGGAUUGUCACUGAGGCGGGGUGCACCAACUUUUGCAUAUGGAGACCACCCAGCAGACCGUGUGAGCGGCCCACCGGCGGCUGGGCACCCACAAUGGAGCCAGAGCGACGAUGCCACGGAUGAUGACCUGGACAGGCAGAACAUGGACAGUGGCCGACGGCCACGGAUCACUGGAUCAUACCGUGCUUCUGACUAG